UGCAAGAAUGGCGACCGGUUUAACUGUGCGAACGGCCUCGAAUUUAUUACAAGUAAGGGUACAUUAUCGCUUUUUCACUCCAAACUUCAUCUUGAGGGUGUGUAGAAAAUGUUCUGCUACAACAGAAGAUGUGAAAAAUGAUAAUAUGCCUGUAAACACGGCGCCAAAAAUGCAAGAGGACGAGGAAAAGGUGAGAAGAAGAGACGAAGGUAAAAAGCUACACGCUUUGUAUCACAUGGAAGUGGACAAAAUUGCCGCGAAAUUCCUUUUGAAACGGAAAGAGGAAGAGAUGAAUCUAAACCAAGAAAUGCUUAAGAAGAAGGAGCUGCGAAAGCUUGAGGAGGAAAUGCAUGACCGGAUUAUCGAAAGUGUCCAUCUUGAGAACGAACGAGUUAAACAACUGAGAGAGAAAAGACUUGAAAAUAAAAAGCUAAAGGAUGAAGAACAUAAGAAAGAAAAGGAACGUUUAAGGAGAGAAUGGGAGGCAAAACAGAGGCAGGAAAGAGUUGAAUUGGUGAAAAAACUGAUUGAGGAAAGCAAAAACUGGGUGACUGAAGAAAAUUUGGACGAGAAGAUAGCUUUUUGCCUGGAAAAUGAAACAAACUACAACUUUGCUUUGACACCAUCUGGGGAAAAGAUCUCUUCAACUCUUCCUCCAGGUUGUAUAGACACUGUAGAAAAUGCUCCCGGUCCUGCCGCUAAUUACCCAACAGGACUACCUUCAAACCCUGAAAAACAAGAGCUGGAUGUCCGUUAAGACAACAAACUCAAAGCAGUACAAUACGCCAUACAAGUACACAAUAAUGGGGAGUGUAAAACAAACUUUACAGGAGCGAUGCCCCUGAUUAAGUCAGGCAUCCUGAGCCAUCAUAAGCAACUGAAGGAAAACUUACACCUUCCAGUCAAAAAAAUCUAGGAAUGCUACUUCAAUACUCACUGGGAUCAUCAUUCAGUGAAUUGCAUUGUAAGUGAAGUUUUGACUAGAAACACCAAAUAUCUGUUGUUUGUUCACAACAACAAACAUUGAUGACUAUCUUCAGCUUUUGGCUAACUUCAAUUGCCUACCGGCCUAUAGUAAUAUCAAGCAUAAGCACUUAUUUUUUGCACAGCACACUUUUGACAGUCAAUGGAGUUUUGAACCGAAACAUUAGGAAAUUGAGAGGAACAUUUAUACCAAACAAUUUCCACAAGCUGGUCAGGCUAGAUUUCAACUGGCUUAAGUGACUUCUGCUGGUGUAAAGCAUGUCAUGUGUCAUGUUCUUGGGAUAAGUCUAUUCCAUCCCAUUUUAGUUCAGGGUAGAGCUUUAGACAUCAAGCUUUUUGAGAUGCUUUACUCUCUCUUGAGAUUGAAACCAUAGAAACCCAUGUCCCAGGUCAGACUCUUUGCAUUGGUUUGUUCAGGAAAGGAAACCAUUCUAGCAUUAAUCCUUAGAAGGGAUUUAAAAAAAAAACCUUUUCUUACAAUUCAAUUGGAAGCAAUUCUUUAGUAGUGUACUGGUGUUGAGAAUAAAAACUUAUCAGAUAGGUGUUUUCUUUAUAAAUAAUAUAACACUACAUUCUCUCAACCCUAGCAUAUAAUUUCUUCAUACAGAAAUGUUGCAUAAUCAUUAAGAUCAUGCAAAUAGAGGAAAUUAUUUCCAACAUAAGAAGAUUUGAUUGUUAAAUAAAUUCUUCACAUCAGUACGAAAGGAAAUAUCUAAAGAAAAGUUAGAGAAUGUG